UUUUCGCGCAAGUUCAUGUUAUGUCGCAGACAUGGCGAAACGUGCGCCGAUGCUUCCCUGAAGACAGCUGUGGAAAGAAGUGAAUGAAUGUCCACUCUACAGGAUCUAAAAUUUCUUUUUAAAAAUGUCACUCGACAGGGCGAAGGCUUAUGACAUCUUGGGUGUUCCAAGAGGUGCCAGCGAGGCUGAUGUCAGAGCAGCUUACAAAAGGCUGGCGCUGAAGUGGCACCCUGAUAAACAUGCCAAUGAUGAAGCGGCCACUGAGAAAUUUCAAGAGAUCUCUGCCGCGUACAAGUACCUUACAACAGAAGAGAGGACUGAACACAUCCUGACUAUGGAUGACAUGUUCGAGUUAUUUGCACAGAUUUUCUUUGGUUCUAGAGCUUCCUAUAACGGUUAUAUUGAUACGAGUGACGAAUAUGAUGACGACAGUGAUGAAGAUUUCUGGGAAACGGUGGAAUCAAGAAGACGACCUUUUCACAGAAAAACUACAGAAUAUUCUUAUACAGCAAACAGACCAACAGAGAGUGAGGCCAGCAAGAAUGCGGAGGAGCUGAUGGCAGAAGAGGAGCGGCAGAAGAAGUCCAAGGAGAAGCGCAAGUCCAAGAAAAAGCGGCAGCGGGAGAAGAAGCGGGAAGAGAGGGCUCGCAAGGAGGAGGAGGAGGCCCGCCAGCAGGAAGAGAAGCAACGCCAGGAGGAGUUCCUGCGGAAAGCCCGAGAGUCGGCCGAGAAGGCCAAGCGGGAGGCAGAGCUCAAACAGAGGAUGUCCCAGCCUACCAACUCAUCGACCCUACUCCAGGGAACAACACACUCGACGUCUACCGGAAGAGUCAAUCACGACACUAUGUCCACCAAUUUCGGUUCUUCAAAAACUAAACUCAGUAACAGCAGGGUGCAAGAGCCGUCGGACCCCACGGGGGACGAUGACAUUGCAGGCUGGGACCGGGACAGCGCUUUCUUUGCCGGGGCGACAGCCAACAUCAAGCGGUCAGCCCCCAAGGCAGACAAGGCCAAGAAAAAGGGGGGUGGAGCCAAGGGCCAGAAUGAGGAGGCGGAGUCGGUGAGGGCAAUGAGUUCAGAUCAAAUUGACAACAUGGAUCCGAUUGUUUUGCAAAGCAGACAAACUGCGGUUAAAGGAAAUGAAAUGGCAAACUUGGGCCACUACAGUGCAGCUAUAGAACUAUUUACUCAAGCGAUAGAGUUGGACCCGAGAGAUUUUAGAUUUUUUGGAAACCGUUCUUUUUGCUAUGAUCGUCUAGAAGAGUAUGAAAGUGCUUUAAAAGAUGCAAAUCGCGCUAUUACUUUAUCAAAGGAUUGGCCAAAGGGACAUUUUAGAAAAGGGCGCGCACUAGUCGGCCUAAAGCGUUUUGCCGAGGCGGAAGCAGCAUUUGAACACGUACUCAAAUUGGAUAAAAAUUGUGAAGAUGCCGUUGAGGAGCUCCACAAAGUCCGAGUUGGACGACUUAUGGAGAUGGGCUUCAGUCGGCCCCAAAGCGAUGCUGCCAUCCGUCAAUACGGCUCGGUGCAGGCCGCCCUGGACGCCCUGUUAACCAAUGGCGUCGAGGGCGUCAUCAACUCCUUCCCCGAGGACGUGUAUAUCUCGGACGAGGAGGACUAUAUUACAGAAACCAUUGAACGUAGUAAACUCGAUUCUUGCAAUCCAUUGAAUCUACGCUCCAUAUGGGUUGGCAAUCUUCAUUCUACAGUAUCCGAGAAGCAACUGAGAGAUAUGUUUGGGCUUUAUGGGGAAAUUGAGAGCCUUCGUCGCCUUCCUGACCGCUUUUGUGCCUUCAUUAACUACAAGCGUCCCGAGGAGGCUGCGAGGGCCCUGGAGACACUUCAGGGCGUAGAGCUCGGCGGCAGUUUCCUUUUGAUAAAAUUUCCAGACAACCCUAUCUUGGAUGGCCAGCCCCGCACCACGGUACUGAAGAAGAUUAACCCUACCAAGCAGCCAAAAACAGGUCGGGCGAGCAACGACCAAAAUGAUUCAAGUGGAAACAAGGUCACAGGUCCGGUCAAUGGCAACGAGUGCUACUUUUGGCGGACCACGGGCUGCGUCUUCGGCGACAGGUGCAAGUACAAACAUUACAAGGAGUCCAAAGGGGCGGACAUCAAGCCGUGGCAGAAAGUUGUGUACGAUAACUGAGCAACGCGUCCAAAUUCAUCCAAACUGCCUGCCGGUGUCUUUUGGUGAGGAUCGCAUCAAGUCAAAUAAAAAAACAGAAAAGGAAAUGUGGUCGUCAUCAUCUAGUUCUCGUUAUAGAUUGUUAAAACAACCAACAAAACCAAAUUGCGUCACGUUUCAGUGCUUUUUUACCAAUUGUCUAUGUCUUUUAUUCUGUCUGCUUGGUUUAACAUGUGCAGAAUUUGUAAAGAAUUGUUCAGUGGAAAAAAAGUUUACACAGAAUCUUUCCUGUUAAACAAACCUUUGUUUAUUGUUUAAAUUUGCAAGGUAGCGACGGUUAAAAGCAUGUGAAAGUGGUGACACUGCGUUAUUGCUGGGUACCAGUUAACCAGUUUGCAUUUUCAGAUGGAUUCCGUUCAACGUGGAUUCCAGACCUCUGUUUCAGAAAUCUGGUUUUAGAAAGCCCUCGUGCGAAAACGAGUAGGACCAGUCUUUUGGAAACAGAGACAUCUCUGAUCCUGAAGCUGAUGACAAGUCUUUGGUCUUGUCACGGAUGAAGCAGUAAGCCUGAAAACAAGACUUCUUUCCCUCAGCAUUUCAUCAACAGCACACACCAUAGUUGGCGUCAAAGGCAGACCAAGAAUUAUGUCAUCCUUGCCCAGUGUGGAAAUAUCAUAAUUUAUUUAUCAUAGAAAAAGAUUAAAAAAUAAACGAUAAACAAUUUUUUUUUCUUCUUUACGAGCUAAAAGUUUUGGUGUUAUACUGUUUCAAAUGUUUGUUGUUCAUUUCACUGGUUAUAAAUCUUUGAAUAGGUUUUUUUUUUUGUCAAAAGUUGACUGCGAUCAUUGGGAUUGAAAGUGGGACAUUGGAUGACCAACAGGUUUUCUUUUCAUUCUAGGAGGAAAAAAAGGCGAUUUUUUUUUCCUGCAUGUCAGUUCAGCAGAAUUGUAGACAAGUCACAGUUUCAAUAACUUCUUGUUCGUGUGAUUGGUCAUUCCUCGUGAAAAAAGUACUCUUCCUCGGUACUGCCUUUACUUAAAACAAAAAUUGUCGGAUUGUAAUCCCAAACGUCUUUGUCAUUGAAAUGAAAAGUUUGCCAAGAGACAAAAAAAAAAUCUUUCAAAGCUACGAUUUGGUUGUUCAUGUUUCAUUGCUUUAAUUUAUCCACUAGGCCUAAUUUUGCAUUUACGUUCAUAUUAAGGAAUAAAUAUCCCCUGCAGAAUCAUCAAGUAAAUCCUUACUAUAAUUUUGUAGUUCAUGUAGUACUACUAAUGCUUACCCGUUUCUGUUGUGCUGUUGGAUUUGUGUCCGUUUUUCUCCCUUUGAAAUCACUAUGGGCCUAUAAAUUUGGUGUCUAAUCUGGUUUCAUGUCCCAGUUAUAUCUGGUCGGUUCCGAGCCCAUUCUUCAAUAUCUAGAGUGGUUGAGUAAUGCAGCGUAGCUGCCAAAAGUAGUUGCCAGUCAGUUUUAGAGAUACACAGCGAUAUCCCUUGUCAAAUUAGUACAGGCCAGGUGUAACUGGGACACAAAGUCACGCUGAACCCCAGAUUUAUAGAAUGACCCUUCUGUUACUUGAUUGUAACAUGAAACUAUCCCUGACUGUAAGUAAACUGUAAG